AUAAAUCAGAAUGGAUCAGAUUUUUUCAGAUUGUCAACAUGUUCCGACUGUUUCUCUUCGCUUGUGUAUUCAUAUUUGUCAAUGGAAAACCGUCUACAAACGUGAAUCGAUGUGGUAGAAAUUUAGGUGAAUUACCUCUCCAUAUAUAUAUACAGGGCUGCAUAAACCCCCCCUGCCGAGUGGUGACGGGUCAGGAUGUGGUGGUCAACGUUCUCUUCAAAGUUCCUCGUACAACUCGCAGAAUGACGACGAAAGCAUUGGCCAUGUCAUCCAUAAAGUAUGAUCUUAAGGAGUAUGCAGUAACAUGCAAUUAUCUAAAAAACACAAAAUGCCCAGUUUUCAAAGAUCAAAUAGUUGAAUAUAACAUGCGUAUGCGCGUAGAGUCAUGGUUUCCAGCUGUCCGAUCUAUGCCCAUACAGUUUCGAGUUGUAGACGAAAAAGAAGCCCCUAUUUGGUGUAUCAGCACUACGAUCGAAGUGAGAAGACCUUCCCAUAAACAAUUAAUUGUCAACAUGUUUCGACUGUUUGUCAUCGCUUUUGUAUUCAUACUUGUUAAUGGAGAACCGUCUACAAACGUGAAUCAAUGUCGUCAAAAUUAUGGUGGAUUACCUCUCCAUAUAUAUAUAAAGGACUGCAUUGACCAACCCUGCCGAGUGGUGACGGGUGAGGAUGUGGUGGUCAAUGUUAUCUUUAAAGUUCCUCGUACAACUCGCAGCAUGACUACCAAAGCAUUACUUCCUUCAAUCAGAGACUUUGACUAUGAUCUUAAGGAGUAUGCAUUAACAUGCAAUUUUCUUCGGAACACAUAUUGCCCAGUUUUCAGAGAUGAAGUAGUUGAAUAUACUCUGCGUAUGCACGUAGAGUCGUGGUUUCCUGCUGUCCCAUCUAUUCCUAUACUGUUUCAAGUUAUAGAUGAUAAACAAGCACCUAUUUGGUGUAUCAGCACUACCAUCGAAGUGGUAAAACCGUUAAAAACCAUAAACAAUGAGACAUUGACUACAUAAAAACUUUUUCA